AUGCCGACAAAUCGUGAUAUCAAUGAAUUGUAUUGUGAAGCAUGUGCUUGCAUGGAACAAGGCCUUUGCUACGAUGAAAUCGAUGAUACGGAAAAUGCAUUGGCAUUUUAUGAACGAAGUUUGUUGCUCAUAAAAGAAGCGGCAAAGGAAAAGAAUUACAAGAAAAGUGACAUGUAUAAAGUGGUAAUGGAAGGUAAGAAUCGCGUGGAAGCAAGGAUAAAGGAUUUGAAGGCGAAUAAGAAAAUACAGAAACAUGUCGAUGAAAAGUCGAAUAUUAAAAAGAUGAAAAUGGAGAAUGAAGAGAACAAAAAGGAGUUAAAGAAGCAGAUCGAAUCAAUGCAUACAGUAGAGGCAGAUUUGGUAUACUACAUACCAGAUGGUGUGCAACUUUUUAUCAUUGAGAAUGAAAACACUUCAACUCCAACUGUUCCUUCUUCUCUAGAAAUCUUUCGGUUUUCUUCAAAUCAAAAAAAACCGGAAACUAACCAGGUGGAAGCAUUUAUACAGGUUGGUCCAUGGUCAUAUCCACUGGUUCGUGGAAAAACACCGGUUCUCAAAAAUGAUUUCGGCGCUUACAUUGUGCCAAAUCCAACUCCAGAACAUCCAGAUAUGUUUGUUGGGAUCCUUUUGCCUGAAAAUCUGGACAGUAAGGAUGAAGAGGAUUUCUACUCAAUUUUGAAAAAUCAUACCGAGAUACGAAAUCAAGAACUGUCUCGCCAAAUGAGUAAAGAAGAAAGGGAACACCUUAGUCAAAAAAUUAGCGAUUUUUUGAUAACAGGUGGUGAUUAUUUGGCGACAAAUAUAAAUCAUGUUGUCCAGAAAACAUCUAAAAUCGUGUCUGACAAGUCGGCACAAAUUCGCUCUUCACUUGCACCAGGCCAAGAACCGAUGCAAAUAAACCCCGGCAUCAGAUUCGGUAUACAUUACGUCCACAAGGGCAGCAAAAUGGUCGCGAAGUGCACAAGAUAUCUAUUGGAUAAAAUUGGGGAUAUGGGUAUAUCAAUUGGGAAGACUUUAGCAUCUGGUGCAGAGAAACAUCUCGGUGAUAAAGAGAGUGGUGUUGUUCAUGACACAGUUUAUGUAUUGGGAAGUGGCAUCACCAGUGCAAGCACUGUUUGGAUUGCUCUAGAAAAUGCCUCUAAAACAAUGGCUAAAAAUAUUGCUGAUGAAACGGUCGAUAUUGUGAGACAUAAAUGGGGUAAUCAAGCUUCAACAACAGCACAUGAAGCAUUAUACGCAACCGGCCAUACUUCUUUGGCUGCUUUACAGCUCUGGGAUCUUGGCCCACGAUCCAUCGCCGGUCGUGCAGCUCGUAAAGCAGGCACACAGUUUGUUACCAAUUUAUAUAAGAAUAAAUCUACCCAUCCGGAAGAUACAGAGGAGGAAAACGAUCAUCAUAAGGAUUAA